UGUUAUACACCUGCGACAGGUAGGCAGGGCUCUAAAACUGGAUACACCUGCGCCACGGGUAUUUUACAGUAUAUACAUCAGCGAAACCAGGCGAACCCUUCCUAUUUUAUUCUGCUAAAAGUAAACAAACAUAUCAUUAUCUCUCGGUGCCAUGAGUACGGGACAUAAACUUUGUGAACUGACAACGGUGUCCUUGAAUGUCAAUGACCUGGAGACUAACUUUCAGCUGGACGACCCUCCAAAACCUCAAGAUCGAGUAAAUGUAUGUGAAGGCGGAGGGCUGUUUUUACACAGCAAUGGCACAGUAAACGGAGAAUCAUCGACAAAACCUGAGCGCAAAUGUGAGAAAUCGGAGAACCAUGUAGGCAGCGGUACAGACUCCUUAUCGGCUGCAGGAAGAGCAAAACUGUGUCCAGUACAUGAACGCGAAUUACAGUUGUACUGCAGUACAGAAGGAAGACUGACCUGCUCGAAAUGUGUUUCGGAUGGAUCUUGUCAGGGUCACAAGGUGACAGAGCUGGUUACUCGGGCAACUGUAGUAAGGAAUCAGUUGGUGGAUGUCUGUGAAAAAAUGCAGCUGCAAGCCCUGCGGAUCGAACGAUUCAUUGACCGUACGCUUACAGCUAGAGAGAAAGCUGUACAGACAGAUGCAAACAGUGCAAGAGAACGUGUGUUGGCUCAGGUGAAUGUGGUGCGUGAUGCUCUUGAGGAGGAGGAGCAGCGUCUCCUAGAGGCCAUACAGAGAGAGGAGGAGCGAGUGGAGCAGUGCCUCCUAACUCAGAGAGCACACUGGACUCACACUCUGGAGAAACUCACACACACACGCACCAGCCUGGUGCACACACUCACACACUCGACAGAUACCAUGAUUGUGAGCUCUAAUGAGGAAAUAAAUGACAGAAUCGAGGAUGCGGAGGGUGCUGGUGAACCUAGAGACACUGAACAACUGACUUUGAACAGAGGCUGCAGUGACAGUAAACUCAUGUUGGGUUUAUGGGCCAGUGCGUUACUGCUAGGCUCAUGUGCCCACAGAUUAACUACACCACACUUUGAAGCUCAGACAGUCAGUCCUCUUCUCUCCCUCUCCAGCGAUCAGUGCACCUUAACUUUCCUGCCCAAACGUCAGCGUCAGUCACCCCCCUAUGACCCGGCACGCUUCGACAGCUGGCCUAAUGCCCUCUGCUCCCCUCCUAUGUCCUCUGGUACUCACAGCUGGGUACUUGAUGUGGGCAUGAGUGCUGCCUUCAAAGUGGGUGUAUGCUAUUCCAGCAUAGAACGCAAGGGGUCCGGCAAUGCCUCACGACUGGGCUACAAUAAAAAAUCAUGGGUGCUCUCGCAUUAUGAUGGAGACUUGUCUUUCUGUCACGAUGGAUGUAACGUGGGUAUCACAGUGGCUAAGAAGCUUAAGAGAGUGGGACUGCUGCUGGAUUGGCCCAGUCAGACCUUGCUGUUCUAUGAUCCUGAAUCUAUGUCUGUGCUGCAUGUAGUCAGACAUGCUUUCAGUGAGCCGCUGCUGGCCGCCUGCGCUGUAGCUGAUCAGAGUGUCUCUAUAGUGCACUGAACACCUGUUGAAUGUUAAUGAAGGCACUGAAGAUCUAGAGGACUUGAAGCAAUAGUGGAUGUGACAUUAUGCAAUGUCAUUUGAACCAAUGAUCAUUUUUAAAAAUGUUUCAAAUUAUCAGUGCCAUUGAAGACCAAUUUAUGCAAAAAGCUAAUUUGCCUUACUUUAUCAUUAUGUACCAUCAGUAGUUCCUCCAUUUUGCAAACCUUCAAGCAUAUGCCAUUGACAUAUUUUUAUAUUUAUAAAUUAUUUAACUCUUUCAAAGUAUUUCAUGUUUAUGUUAAAAUUUGUGCAAUUAUUGUUGACUGUUUGUAUUUAUUAUCUGCAUAUUAUAUGAAAUAGUUGCGUUUGUCUGUGACAGUACCCAACUGAUACUGACAUGGCUGACAUUGAUAUUUGAUACUAUAUUCUAGUUGAGUUUUCAUGUGAUCACAUGAGAUCAUGUCUCUGAUAGCAGGACAAUUGUCAUGUAAGAAUCUUGGCAAAAUUAAACAAAUGAUCAGAUUUUCACAUGGUUAUUGACAAAUCUGCCAUAAAUAACAAUGUAUUCUGAGCUUUUGUCUGAUAAUGUAUGUGAUGUAUUCAUGCAAUAAAAUCUGGACUGAAAGUUUUUGUGGUCUCAUCUUGA